CCAAAUUAUUUCAAGGGGAGAGCUGUAUAAAUCAUCAUUCGAAACAUUUGUUCAUCGUACGCCUUAAAACCUGGUUUCAUUUCCUUUCUCCUCUUCCAUGGAAUCAAGCAAGACUCUCCUGAUAUGUCCGACUAGGGAUCACACGAGUGCAGCCUCUACGGAGCAUGAGUCCAACAUUAUGAGGCUACGGAAUAUGCUCACUGCAAAGGGAGAGGAUCCUUUCGAGGCAAUGGAGAUCAUCGAUGCUAUUCAACGUCUAUGCAUCGACCAUCACUUCCGGUAUGAGAUGGAAGAAAUCCUGCAAAAGCUUUACCAACAGUGCAGUCGAUACCAAUAUUACGGCCACGGCCUCCGUGAAGUUGCCCUUUGCUUUCGUCUUCUCAGACAGGCAGGUCACCAUGUUUCCGCCGAAAAUGCGUUUAGCGGCAUCCGAGACGAGAACGGAAGAUUCCGAGGAGAGUUUCAGUAUGACGUAGAGGGUUUGAUUGAAUUGUUUGAAGCCUCACAGCUAAGCACAGAGGGUGAAAAAACGCUUGAAGACGGCCGGGAUUUUGCGGUUAAUCAGCUUACAAAGCUUUGCUCGGCGGAAGAAAGUCACCGAGGGCGAGUCAUAAUGAAUGUCUUGAACCAACCAAGCCACAAGUCCUUGUCAAGACUAACCGUCAAUAGGUUCAUAAGCAUGACGAGCGAUGACGGAGAGAACAAGUGGUUGCAACCGUUAUUACAAGUGGCCAAGAUCGAUUUCGACAUGCUCAAGGCAUUGCACCAAGAUGAAAUAUCUAAAACCUUGAAAUGGUGGAGAGAGCUGAGCUUGACAAAGGAACUGAAGAAGGCCAGAGACCAGCCUUUGAAAUGGUACACAUGGUCCAUGGCAGUCCUCCAAGAUCCGGGAUUAUCAGAGAUAAGGCUCGAUCUUGUGAAACCGAUAUCGUUUGUUUACAUAAUCGACGAUAUCUUCGAUAUCUAUGGGGGAAUAGAUGAGCUAACCAUAUUCACACAAGUUAUGGAAAGGUGGGACCGUGAUGAAGACAACCUCGUUGAGAAGCUACCAAAUUACAUGAAAGUAUGCUUGGAGGCUUUAGACGUGGUGACAAUGGAGAUUAGCCUGAAGGUCCACAAGAAACAUGGAUGGAACCCCAUCAACUCCCUUCGAAAAUCGUGGGCGAGGUUGUUCAAGGCGUUUUUGGUGGAAGCGAAGUGGUUCGAGUCGGGUUACUUGCCAAGCAAGGAAGAGUAUAUCGAGAACGGGAGGGUGAGUUCAGGAGUGCCAUUGGUGCUGCUUCAUCUGUUCUUCAUGUUGGGUGAAGAAACCACGAAAGAGAAGGUCCAACUCACUGAUGAAUCCAACCCAUUGAUCGUCUCUUCUGCUGCUACUAUCCUCAGACUUUGCGACGAUUUCGGAAGUGCCAAGGAUGAAAACCAAGAUGAGUAUGAUGGAUCAUACAUGGAAUGUUACAUGAAACAGCAUCAAGGAUCAACAAUUGAAGAAGCAAGAGCACAUUCCCUCCAGAUGAUUUCCAACGCAUGGAAGCGUUUGAACGAAGAGUGUCUGGAUCCGAAUCCAUUCUCCGGUUCAUCCUUCGCCAAAGCCUGUCUCAAUGUCGCGAGGACGGUUCCCCUUAUGUACACUUACGACGAUGACCAUCGUCUUCCCGGUCUUGAUGAUUAUCUCAAGUCACUCAUGUUGGACCAUGCAUGACUUUUACCUGAUAAAAAAAAUAACCAAAAUAUUAUAAUUGAACAUAUCAUGUAAUAAUCGUGUUUGAAUUCAAUAAAGGUCGGUCUCAAAAACGCA